ACAUGUUCCCAGAGCGACUCCAUCCCCGUCAAUCGCGAAUUCCUUACGCGUCGUGCUGUACUAUAGAGUUGCAGGACCGACUGUAGCUGCCUUUUUGCAUUUCUCUGCGCGGCCACCUGGCAUGCUGCUUGGCCGAGUUCCACUCGCCGCCUGCAAAAAAAGCUUCUUUGCGACAGCAUCAUUCGCCGUCACUCGUCAGUCCUCGCAGCGACAGCCCUUCGCUUCCACGUCACUUCUCACGAACCUGUUGCCUACUGGCGCUUUUCAUCGCAAACGCAUCCACACGCUCGGCAAUUGUCCGUCUCCGCCCCCACAGAUGGAACAGAAUGGCACAACGAAGCGCAAGCAACCGCCUACCUCGCCUGCAACCGACCGCCCCAUGAAGCAGAUCAAGCCCGAAUCCAACGCGCACACCCGAAACGGCAUACCAAAGUCGCCAGAGCCAGAGGUCAUGGACGAUGCGCGCAGCGACUACAGCCUCGAGGAGCCACUAGACCUGCCGACGGCGCUGAUACCCGGCGCGGUGCACGAUACGGCAGAGUGGCAGAGGACCAUAGAGAGUGUCGUCAAGAGUGUCGUGUCAAUCCACUUCUGUCAGACGUGCUCGUUUGAUACCGAUCCGGCCAUCAGUUCCGAGGCGACUGGCUUUGUGGUGGAUGCUGAGAAGGGGUAUAUUCUCACAAACAGGCACGUCGUUGGCGCCGGCCCGUUUAUCGGUUACUGCAUCUUCGACAACCACGAAGAAUGCGACGUCUAUCCCGUCUAUCGCGACCCCGUACACGACUUUGGUAUCCUCCGCUUCGACCCCAAGGCCAUCAAGUACAUGCCAGUCACUGCCCUUCAACUCCGUCCCGAUUAUGCCAAAGUUGGUGUAGAAAUUCGCGUAGUCGGCAAUGACGCCGGUGAGAAGCUCAGCAUUCUGUCAGGAGUCAUCAGUCGGUUAGACCGCAAUGCGCCAGAGUAUGGCGAGGGCUACUCGGAUUUCAACACCAACUACAUUCAGGCGGCGGCUGCAGCAAGUGGGGGCAGUUCUGGCAGUCCCGUCGUCAACAGGGACGGUUUCGCAGUUGCGCUGCAGGCCGGUGGAAGAGCAGACGGCGCUGCCACCGACUACUUUCUUCCCCUUGAUCGACCGUUGCGAGCGCUAGAGCUUAUCCGCCAAAGCCAACCAGUCUCAAGAGGCACUGUUCAGACGCAGUGGAUAUUGAAGCCUUUCGAUGAGUGCAGAAGGCUCGGUCUCUCGCCUGAAUCGGAGAAGGCCAUCCGAACCCAGUUCCCAAAGGAAACAGGGAUGCUUGUUGCCGAAGUCGUUCUUCCGCAAGGACCCGCAUCAACGAAGAUCGAGGAAGGUGACAUUCUAAUCCGAGUCAAUGGAGAGCUCAUCACGCAAUUUGUCCGCCUCGAUGCGAUCCUGGAUGAUCACGUCGGCAAGACCGUCUCCGUCACCAUCCAACGCGCGGGAGAGAACAUGGACGUCGAGUUGGACGUCGGCAAUCUGCACGAUAUUACCCCUGACAAGUUCGUCUCAGUGGCAGGAGCCUCUUUCCACGACCUGUCAUACCAACAAGCCCGCCUAUAUGCUAUAUCUCUGAAGAACUCCGGAGUCUACGUCUGCGAAGCAGCUGGCUCGUUCCGAUUUGCCGAUGGCUAUGCGUCCGGAUGGUUGAUCCAGGAGGUCGACAAUCAGCCUACGCCAAACCUCGAUGUGUUCAUCGAAGUCAUGAGGAAGAUACCCGACAGAAAGCGCGUAGUUAUAGUCUACAAGCAUCUUCGCGAUCUGCACACUGCCAACACCAGCAUCACUGCGGUGGACAGGCAUUGGCAUGCUAAGAUACGGAUAGCAACGCGCAAUGACACGACAGGCCUAUGGGACUUCAAGCCAAUUGCCGAUCCCAUUCCGGCUGUGCCUCUGGUCCCGCGUCGUGCAAACUUUGUCAAAAUGAGUUCCAACUACCCAGCAGCUGUUGAUAUAGUCCGCAGUUUCGUACGCGUGCAUGUCUCCAUGCCUAUCAAGCUUGAUGGGUUUCCCAAGAUGAAUAAGCAGGGCUAUGGUCUUGUGGUAGAUGCUGAGCAAGGCCUUGUCCUCGUCUCCAGAGCAAUUUUGCCAUAUGACCUCUGCGACAUCUCGUUAAUCAUCGCCGAUAGCAUUUUCGUUGAUGCAAAGGUGGUCUUUAUGCACCCAUUGCAGAACUAUGCGAUCGUCAAAUACGACCCGUCGCUUGUCAACGCGGAGGUGAAGACACCCAAGUUUGCCAGCGAAUUCAUCAAGAAGGGCGAUGAGACCAUCUUCUUCGGUCUCAACCAGAACUUUCGGCCAGUUGUAGCGAAGACAGUCGUUACCGAUAUUACCACGGUCGCCAUUCCAGCCAGUGCCAUCACACCCCGCUACCGAGCAACGAACUUCGACGCCAUUACCGUGGAUACGAACCAAGCGUCCCAUAGUGGCUCUGGCGUGCUUGUUGCUGAAGAUGGCACUGUUCAGGCGCUUUGGCUCUCUUACUUGGGCGAGCGGACGUCGCACAGUGGGAAAGAUGUCGAGUACCACCUAGGUCUAGCGACACCGAAUUUGCUGCCCGUACUCAACGAGAUCAAGAGCGGCAAGACACCUAAGCUGAGGAUCCUCAACGUUGAGUUCCAGACCGUCCAAAUGAGCCAAGCCCGUGUCAUGGGCGUCUCAGAAGAAUGGAUGGAGAAGACCGAAACAGCAGACCCCGAACGCCACCAGCUCUUCAUGGUCCGGAAAGUCGACUCGGGCCAUGGUGAUGGCUUGAAUGAAGGCGAUAUCCUUCUAACGCUCAACGGCAAGCUGGUGACUCGUUCACCGGAUUUGGACGUCAUGUACAACAACGAGUUCCUCGAUGCGGUGGUCGUGCGGAAACGCGAAGAGAAGACGAUCAAGGUUUCCACUGUUGCGACAGAGGACCUCGAAACUGACCGCAUGGUCAGCUUCUGCGGUGCCACAUUCCAUCGCCCACACCAGGCUGUCCGCCAGCAGAUCAGCAAGAUCCACUCGGAUGUAUACAUUUCAUCGCGCGCCCGUGGCUCACCGGCAUACAUGUACGGACUCGCACCCACGAACUUCGUCACCCACGUAAAUAAUAUCCCCACGCCCGAUCUCGACACCUUCCUUGGAGAACUAAAAAAGGUUGGUGAUAACGAGUACUUCCGGCUCAAAGUGAUGACAUUCGACAACGUGCCAUGGGUAGCAACAAUGAAGAAGAACGAACACUAUUUCCCCACGAUUGAGUAUCUCAAAGACGCUGCUGAGCCGCUGGGUUGGAAGAAGAUAAUACACGAAUGCGAAGACGGCGGUGCGAGAGAAGAGAUGGGGCCCGACGAGCUCGAGGUCGAGGCAGCUGGCGAAGAGUGAGUGGGUGCAGAACGCGGAGUACAAGGAGGAGCUGUGUAAAAAUAAUUGUAUAUGUGCACAGCACCCUACAAGCAUUCAGCCUCGUCCAAGAACGAGUAGCAAAUGUCAAUACCCCGGGGAUUAGUGUUUGGGCCCCAUGUAUCAAAUAAUAGAUGUCCGCACAUUGCAGUGGUAUAGGCUGCAGUGUGCCCCCAUGAUUCACGGUUUGCAUGAGUGAGCGAUUCAAGGGUGAAGUAUCCUGGGGCGUCAAUUCAGAUACAGAUUGCAUCGAGUGAACCAGACUCUGCCAGGGCUCAUCACGACUUCGGACCCGUGGUUCGUUUGGAGCGCCAUGGCCCGUGCGCGGGCUUGGCGGC